CCUUAAGAUAAUCUAAAUUGUUAGUAUAAAAUGUGUGAUAUAAAUGACACGUGCAGCCUAGCGUGACUCUCUGUUUCAUAAUUAUUCCCAGUUUUCUGCUUUGCGUUUCGAUUGGUUGUGAAAAUCUGUUGUCUGGUUUGCGUUAGGGGUUCAGGGAGUGGCCAGUUCUCCUUUCAUAAGCAGGGUUGGAAUAAAAGGAUGCUUUGGACGAGACUCUCAGUAUCCAACUUCAGAAGCACAGAACCCAACACUCUGCUAUGAUGAUUUACAUUUCAGGACUUGUUGGCUUCCUGUUGGUGCUAACGGCUGAGGCCAGAAUUGGGAGCUCCUCUGAACUUGACUUCUGCUCUGAGACCGAACAGUGUCUGCUGUUUGAUUCCAUUUGUAAGACUGAUGAAUAUGAGGUCCGUGACUAUGGCAAUGUGACAUGGGUUUGGACUGAAGAGAAAAGCUAUUUCAUGGACUUUGCAAUCUUCCCAUUAUUCCGCAGACUGUUUAACUACAUCAAGGACUUCGACAUUGAAAUGACAGCUCCUGUUAUCAUAAACAUCGCUGAGGACACGUCAUCUUUUUCUAUAUUCGGUAUGAAAAAGUAUACCUACACAAUGAGUUUCUUGAUGCCCGCUGAACAUCAGGCCAAUCCCCCCAGACCUAAUGAUAGGAAGGUGAAGAUCGGUCACAUGGACGCAAUGAAGGUGUAUGUACGGAGCUAUAAAGGAUUGAUGUCAAGCUUCCUCUACAAAAGCGAAGCGUAUGCUCUGUCCUCUGACCUAGACUCGGCGGGUGCAAACUAUGACAAAGACCACAACUAUGCUGUUGGAUAUAACAGUCCGAAGAAGAUGUUUAACAGCUACAAUGAGGUGUGGUAUGUUGUGAACGGUGAACCGGUGUGUUCCAGCAGUGAGGAGAUGGGUUGAGCCCUGUGCAAUGACAGCCUCUAUGAAGAGAUGUUGUAGCUGCUUCAGGUUAUAAUGUGUCAUACAAACAACCUGCAAGUGAGAGCACUGAUUUUUAAAAGGCUGAUGAAUUUCAAUUAGUUGAAUAUACAAUGUAGACUUUUUUUAAACCAGCUUGUUUGCUGGCUUUCUGUUUUCUUCAAUAAAAUUACCCUUUUGCAGUGA